UUGCUAGCACCUUUGUACUGAAGCCAGCUUUUUAUUUUUGUUAUUUUAUUCCAAAUUUUUACGGUCUUUUCCAAAUUAUCGUAUUUCGAUUCAAAGUAAAAAAACGCGAAAUGGCAUCCGAUCUAAAUGAAAUGAUACCUGAUAACUGUGAGGAGGAGCUGCAGGCAUGCCCGCACUGCAAUCGCACAUUCAAUCCGAGUGUCCUGACCAAACAUGCGGACAUCUGUGCUCGCGUUUUGAAGAAACGUGAAGUAUUUGAUUCUUCGCUUCAACGUCGCGAAAAAUUCAGAUACUACAACACGAGCCUCAGGUCGACUCGCGAGCCUCAGCCCAGCACGUCACAUUCAACUUAUACAGUGACCAAUAGGAACUCGGCCGUUCCCCCUGCGGAUUCAGCUUCUCAACAGGAUUUGGCUGCGGCCGUACCAUCUCGAUCGGAUACGUCUAAUAAAACCAAGCGCAAAUCAGAGCCAAGCUCAUCUGCAAGCCUAGAGUCCUCAACGAGCAGGCGCCUCGACUCCCUUCCACUGGAGCGCUGUCCAUACUGUGAACGCAAGUUCAACCAAAAAGUCAUAGACAGCCAUCUUGCGUUCUGCAAGGAGAAGAGUGUGAAAGCAGCCUUUACCGUCGCCUACGGGACCAGCAAAGAUGACAAACUAUCGGCUAAGAAGCGCAUGGAGGCACGCAUGAAGUACAAGCCCCCAAAGCCAAAAAGCAAGCAUUCAACGCAUUAACAAAAUUUUCCUUGGACAAACCUUUUGACCUUCGCAAACCUUUGAUAUGUAAUAUAUUUCAAAUUUUAAACAAAAAAGACAAUUGGACCAACACGGAAGCACACGUACUUCCGAUUUUACACCAAACACGAAAAAUGAAGCACAGGCAACUCAAACAUAAAUCAGCACCAACAAACAAAAAAAAAAGCAAAUAUGAUCAACUCACGUUUACAACUGAAGCUGUCGCAUAUCACAGAGAUGCAGAGUGAAAUUCUAUAAUUCCUUAGGAGAAUUAUCAUAUCAUAUCAUCUGUAUGCUCUGCGAACAAUUCAAGUCCGAAAACCAACUGACAAGUUGGUGUCCGACGUUGACGGCAACGUUGUGAAAGAGUGAGAUUUUUAAUUAUUGUUUCCAUGUAGCGCUCUCUUCUCUUGUGUGUCGCAUGUCAGAGUCGCAGCAGUCCGAGCUCUUUUUAUACACACAUAUAUUUUUUAUAUAUUUUGUAACGUAACAAUCCUCACAUAAGGAGCGCACACAUACAAAUGCUCAUACGCAUUUGAAGCCAGUGUGCCACAACAAAAAAGAGGAAAGGAAAAAGCAAAAAAAAAA